AGAAGUUUGGCACGCCGCACUCCUCGAACACGUUUGCGCAGUUGCUAUAGUGUUUGUUUUUUGCGGAGCGGGUACGUAUGUAACGUCGCCGUUUGGUCCGAAACUUUCUGAUGUGCUAAUACAGAGGAUACGCAUUAUAUAUCGCGCGCCCGUUGACAGUUAAUAUUUCGACGUUCGCGGAUGUCGUCGGAAAGCGCGUUUUUAAUGAAAGAAAAAGUCGCGUCUGCGAACACGACGACGAAGCGUUAAAGGUGCGUAAAAGAGACGCGGACGCUCCGUGUGCGAAAGACAGCCAACCAGCCGUGUAUGUGUAUGUGUGUGUCUCUACUCCUCAACGGUCCCCCUUGAGACAACGACAACAACGAGGUCUUAACUUUUUAUUUAAUACGGGGCCUUCUUCCUUUUUUUUUUCGUUUCGGGAAAAGACAAACAUUUCUAUCUUAGAAUAGAUGUAUUAAUUGUGAUUUAUUCUUUUAACGAAAGGGAUCGGUUUAUUUGCCUUAUUUACUACUAUGUUGUGUAAAGGUGCAAGUAGCGUGUUUAAACAAUCUUGGAUACUAAUUCGAGAUACGUAGAUAAUGCGGGAACAGCAGGGAUACGCGAAGAGGUUGCGCAGGAAAGCCUUAGUAAAGGACGGCCCCGUGGGGAGGAUAAGAUGCACGCUCUGAGCGCAAAGCGGGGCCUCUGCUUUGCCGGAUAAGACACCCCAUGGCAUCGAAGUCGUAUUGCGGAGUUGCUGACACGGGCCGGCUCUGUACUUGGUUGCUGGUUACGUGGGUGGUUUUUGGAUUUUACUGCAACUUGCCGGUUACCCACGCUGGUUAUAUUACCGAAUACAACGGAUUUACUCCAUACAAUAAAACAUCAGGCAUAUGCAAGAGUGUGGAUAUCCGAAACUCAGGGGAGAUGUUCGAGAACUUACGAGGCUGCAGAGUCGUGGAGGGUUACAUCCAAAUCCUUCUUUUUGACCAUGAAAACAAGUCUACGUUCGAAAACAUCAGUUUUCCCGAAUUACGGGAAAUAACGGGUCACCUACUCUUGUACAGGGUGAAUGGACUGACUAGUUUGGGCAAACUCUUCCCGAACUUGGCCGUAAUAAGAGGUCAACAGCCGUUGCUGUUGGGCUACGCGCUGAUCAUUUUCGAAAUGCCUAGUCUGCAAGAGAUCGGACUCUAUUCGUUAACGGACAUUAUGAACGGUGGUAUUCGUAUUGAUAAAAAUCCUCAUUUGUGCUUCGCCAACACGAUCGACUGGAAUAGGAUUAUGCACAAGAAGAAUAAAGAUGCCGAACAGUUUAUCAGGAGUAGUAAAAAAGAAAAUGAGUGUCCUAUGUGUCCGAGGGAGGAAAACGGAAAACCGUUGUGCGAGUAUUGUUGGAAUAGCAAACACUGCCAGAAAAGAUGUAAGAGUAAUUGUACGUCGUGCAACGACUUGGGGGAAUGUUGUAAUAGUACGUGUAUCGGCGGGUGCUCGAACAAUGACCCCCAACAAUGCUCCGUCUGUAGGAACAUUACCUUUUACACGGAAUCUAAUAAAACAGUGUGUCUAGACGAUUGCCCACCGGGUUUGUUUAAAUAUUUAGAUAGGAGAUGCGUAACUAGAGAAGAAUGUAUUAACUCGCCAAAACACAUAGAAUACACCACCAGCAAACAAGAAUACGAAUUUAAAACCUUUAAUAACACCACAUGUGUCUAUAAAUGUCCACCUAAAUACACCGACGAUACGGACAAGAAAGCGUGUGUUUCUUGCGACGCUAGAUGCCGGAAAGUUUGUCCAGGCAUCAGUGUUAAUAACAUUGAAACAGCAGAAUCACUAAAAGAAUGCACUCAUAUUACUGGAUCUCUAGAAAUUGAAGUUAGUGGAAAAAAUAUCGUACCUGCAUUAAACGCAAAUUUAAAUAUGAUUGAAGAAAUUGGCGGUUAUUUAAAAGUAGUCCGAUCGUAUCCAUUAAUAUCAUUAAAUUUCCUCAAAAGUCUUAAAGUGAUUCGCGGAAAGACCUUUGAAAAUGGAAAGUAUUCGUUUGUUGUCUUGGACAAUCAGAAUUUACAGGAACUCUGGGAUUGGACUAAUCGAACGUUGACGAUUGAACAAGGAAAAUUGUUCUUUCACUUUAAUCCAAAAUUGUGUUAUAAAAAUAUUAAAGAACUUGGUGAGAAAGUUAACAUUACUAAAUUCGACGACUGGGAUGUGGCAGAAAAUUCCAAUGGCGACAAAACUGCUUGUACAAUAAAAAAAUUAAUUAUAAACAUUCGGUCAAAAUCUAGUACGUCAGUUCAACUCUUUUGGGUACCAUUUAAUAUUACAGACUCAAGAAAAUUACUGUCUUAUCAAAUCUAUCAUAUUGAAGCACCCGCACAAAAUUUUUCUAUAUAUGAUAGUCGCGACGCUUGCGGUGGAGAUGGAUGGGCAAUACAAGAUGUUCCAAUUCCUUACGACCACCAUAAUGUAUCAAAAAUCGAGGCAACGUUAAAAGAUUUAAAACCAUACACGCAGUAUGCGUUAUACGUAAAAACUUACACAAUAGCACAAGAACAAAGUGGAGCGCGGAGUGACAUUUGGUAUUUUAGGACGAACCCGGGCCAACCCUCAUCACCGACCUUCUUAAAUUUACGGGCCAAUAGUAGUAGUACUAUCGAAGCCACUUGGUUGCCGCCAAAAAAUCCAAAUGGAAAUUUAACUCAUUAUAGAGUGAUCGUAACUUUGAAAGAAACCCAAGAAAUACGAGAAUACGGUAAUUCGUGCUCUUUAAAGUUUUCUCAGUCAACACCUAAAACGGUGGACCCUGCAAAACCAACGGAUCCGCCUCCUUCAAAAAAUGAUACGUGUGAGUGUACUAGUGAUAUGCUUCGGGAAUCGAAUCUACUCGUUAAUAAGGAGGCGGAAACGGAAUCUCAAAUUAAUUUUGAAAAUGAGUUACAAAAUCGGGUUUAUAUAAAAAGAGUUACUCCGCCAACGCCUUCAGUUACUCUAAGCAGAAGAAAAAGACAAAUGUUUCCAUCGCAUAGUACUAACGUUUCUGAUUCACAUGUAGGUAAUAAAACUUACGUUGCCACAUAUAUUGUUACUGAUACUAAGUUUUAUGUAACAAAUUUACAACAUCAUACGAACUAUGAGAUAUCAGUACAAGCGUGUAGGAAAACGGAACCAGAUAAAGGCGAUUUUCAACCAAAUUGCAGUGAUAGUACUGUAAAAGAAAUUCGAACGGACAGCAAACCCGAUGCCGAUAAUAUUGCCUCAAACAUAACAGUAGUUUCAGUUACGGAAAAUUCCAUAACAAUAUCAUGGAAACCGCCGGUAAAUCCAAAUGGUCGUAUCCGACAUUAUUUUGUAGAUAUCUGGAAAUCCGGAACUGCGCUUCCUGAACGCUGCAUUGAUAGCCAAGAUUUUAAAAAUAGCAGCUAUAAGUAUACUCUUGAACCACUAACUCCUGGGAAUUAUACAAUACGAGUCCAAGCAAUGUCUGAUGCUGAUACUGCUGGUUCUUAUUCAUUACCCGUUUCCGCUUAUAUCCACGAACCAUCCGGUUCUUGGAAUAUAUUCGGUGGAGUUACUGCAUUUUGUUUUAUCGUUAUGGGUAUUAUCAUAUACCUACUAAUUAAAAAACGUCAACGAGAUGAAAGCCCUAGGAUGAAUCCGUCAAUAAAUCCAGAAUACAUGUAUGUACCGGACGAUUGGGAAAUUCCACGAAAAAAAAUUGAGUUACACAAAGAGUUGGGUCAAGGAAGUUUUGGCAUGGUUUAUGAAGGAAUUGUACGUGAUAUUAAAGGAAAAGCAACAAUUCGUUGCGCUAUUAAAACCGUUAACGAACACGCAACAAACGCAGAAAGAUUAAAUUUCUUAAAAGAAGCAUCAGUAAUGAAAGCGUUUGAUACAGCGCACGUAAUAAAAUUGCUAGGAGUUGUAUCUCAAGGUCAACCAACAUUAGUUGUAAUGGAACUAAUGGCAAAUGGCGAUUUAAAAUCGUAUUUAAGGUUGCAUAGACCAGAUACGGAUGGUUAUACUCAUGGUAUUAUUGGGCAACCGCCCUCCUUAAGAAGGAUAUUACAAAUGGCCAUAGAAAUUGCUGAUGGUAUGGCUUAUUUAUCGGCGAAAAAAUUUGUUCAUCGUGAUUUGGCUGCGAGAAAUUGUAUGGUGGCGGAAGAUUUAACAGUUAAAAUUGGUGAUUUUGGUAUGACUCGGGAUAUUUAUGAAACGGAUUAUUAUCGAAAAGGAACAAAGGGAUUGUUACCAGUUAGAUGGAUGGCACCAGAAAGUCUUAAAGAUGGAGUUUUUUCAAGUAGUAGUGAUAUUUGGAGUUAUGGUGUGGUAUUGUGGGAGAUGGCUACUUUGGCAUCACAACCUUACCAAGGAUUAUCAAAUGAUCAAGUCCUAAGGUAUGUUAUUGACAGCGGUAUUAUGGAAAGACCUGAAAAUUGUCCGGAUAAACUCUAUCAUUUGAUGCGACAAUGUUGGAAGUACAAAUAUGCGGAAAGACCAAGUUUCCUCGAUUUAGUCUCGAUGUUAUUGGAAGAUUCGAGUCCACAAUUUAGUAGGGUGUCGUUUUAUCAUAGCGCAGCUGGUAUGGAAGCUCGAUCAACCAGAAACAAUCAACUGAUCAUUCAAGACGACGUUAUGAUGCCGUUAAGACUGACCAAAGAACUAGAGGAAAUUUAUCCAUUAAAUAGUUGCGUUGAUGAUUCGGAAGUUGAAGAUGACUUGGUUGGCAGCCCGCAUAUCGAAUUCUCUAGUUAUCCAAAAGUGCAAAAGGACACCAGUACAGGUACUGCAAACGGAUAUGUUGGAACGAACCCAUCGAAUGGUACCAGAGCAUAAGCAAAAGAAUAAAAAAAACAAUGGGAAAUUCUCGAAAUAGUAGUUCUACCAAAGAUAGUGAUAAAAGAAUAAAAAAAAUAAACUAAAAAAGUGUAUCGAUAUGAAAUAAUGCAGAACCGAUCGUAUACUCUACUUACCAUUCAUUCGAAUUGUAUUCCAUUUUAUUUUUUUAAAACGGAAUUAAAAAAAUAGUUCAUCUUGCCCAAGUACCGAACGACGUGCGAGUUUUAGCCAUUGCCUUAUGUAAAAUUUAUUAAUUGAUUGCGUGCCCUAAGCGCGCUGCACACCCCUCCCCCUCAGACCUAUGGUCAUCCUCUAUACGUUUUGGGUUCCGUCGCCCGCAAUCUCUACAACAUAAGCCUAAGUUCCUGAUAUGACCAUAAUUUAAAUCCGAUAUUUUAUAAAUAUUAAAAAAAAUCAAGCAUAGAAAUGGUCGACAAAAAACGUACUGUUAAUUAAUUUUUAUCAUACCUACUACUGUUAUUUAUAUGUUUAAUUCGUUAUAUUUUGUACCAUUGAGAAAAUUGUACAUUCUGAACAAUUUACUUUUAUAUAAAAUUAUUGUAGGAUAUGAUAUAAA